AUGUUCAUGUCUCGGCCCAAGAGACCCGAAAUGGGUGGUCAAGUUUGCCCAAAGUUGCGCGAACUAGUGCCUUGUUUGGUGAGAGUUUCCGUCUGGAGAAACACGCCAUCAACGCACGGAGUAACACACGCGCACACACACACACACUCCUAA